GAUGGCGACUGGCGCUAAAUGCUGCGUCGGAUCUACGGACAAAGCAUGUCCUGCGUAAAUACGUCCUCUCAGGAAAUUCAGGUCAAACCGGAAAUGAAACGGGCGCGCAUUAUCGAGCGAUAGCUGUCAAAGUUUUGCCAUGCAUGCUUCGCUCUCUCACUCGAGGGUAUAGCUUGGAAGUUGGACUUUAUGGAGGCGGGUGCAGUAGUGUUAUACGCGCGACGCGGAAUCGGAAAUUGCUUCGACGCUAUGCGAAUCGCUCGUGACACGGACUGCUGUAUAAGGAAUAUUGAACGUCUAAUGGGUGUCGUCGUUGAGAGCAAAAAUCAUGCCGCGAUUCCGAUUUAGCUGAAAAAAAGCGAUCGAUUCUUGCACCUGUAAACACCAUAUCCGCAAUUUCAAUUCCGCAGAGUAAGAAAGCCCAGCCCCGUACGAACGAUCCCAUAAAAGCGCGCGCGCGCUCCUUAAACCAUCAAGGCUCAGGGUACGCUCUCCUCCAGCACUGUAAAUUAGAGCAUGCCGUGUGCGUAUACACCUAGCUGUAUACGUGCACUCGCACACGGGCGUUCUUUAAUGCGCGACAGCGAGACGCGCAAGUGCCACUAGAACCCGAUGAUUUACGGGGCCCUAACGCUGCUGCUGCUACGCUGCGCGUUUACGCUCGGCGUAAGUAAUGUACCUGCAUCUGGAGAGGAGGAGGAGGCUGUAUGGACGAGCGUUGCCGGAAAUCGAAGCGCUCGUCAAUCAUGCCUUUUGGAUUUGUAAGAAAGGCGCGAUUACAUGGACUGGCUACUUCGCGUUGGUGAUGUAUGCGCGUUAGAGUGUCACUUUGGAAGCUUUUUAAGGAGUCACGAUGCGGUAAACAUUGUUUGUGUUGUGAGGUUUGAAAAUUCGAGGCUCUUGAAUAACGAUUGUUAGACAAAUCUAAAAAAAUAACUGGAGAUUGUUGAAACAAUUUACUUUACUUGAAAACCGCGACGUUUUUCUUCCUUAAACGAUUCUAUUUCAUGUCUCAAUGAAUCACUUGAAAAAGCGUUAACGAUUCAGGUUUUCUUUCAAACGCACAAAACGCAAGCGUACAUAAUACAGCUUCCGCAACUGGAAAAAGUUCUCUUCAAGAUAAAGCACGAUUUACCUGGGUUAUGUUUGUAUUUAAAAACGACAUUUUGUUAGUGGAUCGCAUUAGUUUUGCGUUAGUUUUCGUCAACAGAAAAAGGGUAUAAGACUUCAUAGUUACAAAUAUAAUUGUUGCAUCGUUACGUGUAGAUAACAUGGUCAAACUUUUGAUAUUGAUGACUGCAUUUAUUGCGGUCACAUCUGGAGGUAAAAAGAAAAAUAUGGAACGCUCUGACCAACCAAGCACAGAAGUUAUUCACAGAUAUGAAGUAAUUCCUAUUUAUACUUACGUGCUGCAGUCUUGCAAUCACAAACUCCAACUCAUAGACAAAAUUGGACAGUUGAUAGUUGGAGAAGAUUUAGAUUCAGAAUCGUCGGACGAAUCAGGUUCAUCAAGUUCAUCGCAAAAUUCAUCAACUUCAUCAGAUAAGUCGGACACAUCAACUUCUUCGGACAACUCAGAUUCAUCGACUUCAUGCGACAAUUCGGACACAUCAUGCUCAUCGUCGGACGAAUCGGAUUCGUCGAGUCCAUCGAGCAAAUCAAAUUCAUCGAAAUCAUCGAGUGAUUCGGAUUCCUCGAGUUCAUCCGAUUACGAAAUUAUUAUAACUUAAAACAAGUGUAUGAGCAUUAAAAAAAAUAAAUCGUACCGGAUAAAAA